CCCCUCCUAAAUCUUUUACUCAAUUCAAGAUCUUGUCCUUUUUCUCGUUCUUUAGCUCUCUGUUAAAAAACAAGAUCACAAUUUCUGAAUCCUUGAGAGACAAAGAAAUGCAGUCAACAACUCUUAGUGGCAACUAUGGCCUCCCUCUCUGUAUCUCUGGGAUCGCUCAACAAUUGUCUAUCUCCAAAGAAAUGGCAGAUCAUGACAGGAGAAGGAAGGUAAUGAAAAAGAGAAGGAGAUCAGAAGAGUCCAGGAGCCAUGGCGAAGAAGAAAUGGUGGGUGUGGAAAGAUUCGAUGAGCUAUGGCUUCAACAGAUGAGAGAGAGUGAGGAUGCCAGAGAUCUAAUUGCUUUGUUCCAAGAUCUAUUAGUAUCGUGGAGCUUUUCUUCUCACACAGCCAAAGCUGCUUAGUGUUGAGAAACCCAAAAAAACACUUUAGAUAAGUAAUGUCUGUUUCUUUUCUUUAAGUUAUGCAUGUUUCUUGUAAAACUGCACAUCAAGAAUCUUUAGCUGGAAAAAAACUUUAAAACAUUAUGUUUUCACAGUCGUUUGUUUACACGUUUA